UUGGCUUAAUUCCUAAACUGUCCAUAGAUUAAAAAGAUCAAAAUAUAUUCGUCCCCACAGAAUAAACUUGUUCGUCCCGCUUGGCAGCGCUUGGCGAGGCGGGUGUAUUGAGCGUAUUGUUGAUAUUUUUUUAAUAAUAAGUUUAGAAAGAAAAACGGCAAAAAUUGGGUCCUCAAACGAGAAAAUGCCCGAUGUUAUUAUUUCCUUAACAUCGUCAGAUGAAGAGGAAAAUAUUGAACCGCCCCCGCCUAAGAAAAGUAAACCCACACUCUUUCUAUCCGAAUGCACCUUAACUGUAGUUAGUGGUAACAAGAAAAAGAAAAAACCGACAAGCGAGAAUAUAACUACAGUAACAUUAGAUUCAGACGAUGAUGAUAGUUUAGGAAAAGGAGUUACCAAAGUUAGUAAUGAGACUGAACUAAUACCCAGAUCGAAGCAGAAUGAUACGAGCAAGUCUGUGAAUAAUGUAGAUUUAACUAUACUUAGUGAUGAUGAAGAUAUACCUCCUGCAAAUGAAUCAACUCUACCAUCAAACACAACAGAAAAUGGUGAAAAUGAAAACAGUAAUAAUAAUGAAACUUUGAAAGUAAGUGAUACAGUAUCGAUUCCUGAUAGUGAUUCAGAGACAGAAGCUGUAAAUGGAACAGAAUGCAACAACAAAUCUUCUCCAGAUUCCAAGAAUGAGAGUAUAAUUGUGAAUGACUCUGAGGAGGAAACAGAAAAAGAAAAUCCUAGCUUAAAUCAAAUUACUGAAAAAAUAACUGAUAGUGUCUCUAAUCCAGAGGAUGCACAGGAAGCUCCUUUAGAUGAUACACAGAAAACUCCUCCAGAUGAUGCACAAGAAACUCCUCCAGAUGAUGCACAAGAAAUUCCUUCAGGUGAUGCACAGCAAACUCCUCCAGAUGAUGCACAAGAAACUCCUUCAGAUGAUGCACAGGAAACUGCUGUUGAUGAUACUCAGAAAAUUGCUCUUGAUGAUGGAAUCCCAGAAACUCCUCCAGAAUCAAGUGAUGAAACUGAUCCUAAAUCCUUAUUCAACAAAUUUCUCAAAUUGGUUGAAGAAAAAAUUGCGGACUCACAAUAUGUUGAAGCUUUACCAAAGAAACUGCCCAUUAUCAAGAAAUAUUUUGACAAAAGUAAAGAUUAUGUUAAUGAAAAUUCUUUCAAAACCCUUCUAACGGAUUCUGUCCAAAGUAUAAGUAAAGCCAAAAAUUCUAACGGUACCAAUUUAGCUAUAGUGGCAUUUCACAAGAUUUGUAAAAUCCUGAAAGCGAAUAUAGCUCAAACGACUAUUAUAGUCGAGGAGGAGAACUUGCCUAAGGUUAAAAUGUUAGAAAGAACAAUAGCAUUAUUGAAGAAGAGGAUAAAGAAACUUGAAACUACCGAAGUUAACUUUGAGGAAGAUAAUAAUUCCGCGUAUAUUCAGCUUGAUAGGUAUCAGAAUAGGUUAAAUAAGGUGUAUAAAAAGUAUUGUCAGUAUAUUAAAAGAAAUCCAUAUAGUGGUAGAGCAACACAUGAUAAAAUUACUUUUGUCACAUCAAAUUACAAUGAAAUCAACCAGGCAAUAUCAAAAAAAUACAAUAAUAGUUUACAUUUUCCAAACUAUUAUGAAUUAGAACAAUUCAUAAAGAAAACAGUCACUAAACAUAAAUUAAAUCUGAAUGAUGAUGAAGUAAAGGUAGAAAGUAGAAAAUGUCUCAAAACGUUAGGAUCAAUCCUUCAGAAAAAACGUAGACAAGAUUUGUAUGAUUCCCAUUUAGAUUUUAUCGAAUUUAGUGAAGACCCCGCUACCAAAGAUCCUUCUCUAGAAAGUGUUUUAAAAAAGAGUCUUGUAGAGGGUGAACAGAAAAUUAAAGAACUCUGCCAAAAAUAUGUCGAUAUGGCUGAAAGAGGGGAGGACAAAGUUUCAACAGAUCAAGGAAGCCACAGCGAAUCAGAAGAGAAGAAAAACGAAAAAUCGGAUCACGAAGAUAUAAAUAAAAUUGAAAAUUCCACGUAACAUUUUUUUUAAUAUACAUUGUCCCUGUAUUUAAAUUUAUUUUAUCAUUAAAUAUAUAUAUAU